UAAAACAGGUAAAUUCAGGUUAGACCCUUCUGAUUGCGACGUUGCACGUGACUUCAGAAAACAACAUGGCGGCGCCCGUUUCAUGAAAACAUCGGAACAGGAACUUUUUCCACCCUAAACCACCUACAACUCAUCUUCUCAAGGGUUGUGCAGCAUAAAAGGCAGUGCCAUGGACUUCUUGGCAGAAGAUAACCUGUGUGGGAGGACCCUGCUCCGUCUGGUCUCCCGCGGUAACGCCAUCAUCGCAGAGCUGCUCCGUCUGUCGGAGUUCAUCCCACCAGUGUUCCGUCUGGAUAACAAACGUGACCAGGAGGUCUACGGUGACAUCAUCACAGACUUUUCCUACUUCCGGCAGCAGGACUACUUUGACCACAACAUCGAGAAACGACCAGACUUACAGGACCUCGAUGAACAGUUCAGGGAGAACAAUAUUGACAUCCUGACCAGGUUCUAUCUGGCAUUUGAGAGCAUCCACAAGUAUGUCACUGAUCUAAACAGAUACCUUGAGGAUCUGCAGGAGGGAGUGUACAUCCAGCAGACCAUGGAGUCUGUCCUAUUGAACGAGGAUGGGAAACAGCUGAUGUGUGAGUCCCUGUUCCUGUAUGGCACCAUGCUGCUGGCCGUGGACAUGAAGUUUGAAGGGGUCAUCAGGGAGAGGAUGCUAGUCUCUUACCACAGGUACAGUUCUGCACGUGCCGUGACUGACUCCAACAUUGAUGAUGUCUGUAAGCUGCUGCGGAGCACAGGCUUCAACCCUGCCCCAGGUGCUAAGAAACCUGCAAACUAUCCAGAAUCCUUCUUCAAGCGAGUGCCCAUCAGACCAGUCUUCAUCAGCAUGGUGAUUGGUCGGCUGAGGUCUGACGACAUCUAUAACCAGAUCUCAGCAUACCCCCUCCCCGAGCACCGCAGUACGGCGCUGGCCACCCAGGCGUCCAUGUUGUACGUUAUCCUGUACUUCGCACCGGAGAUCCUCCACAACCAGCAGGCCAAGAUGAGGGAAAUUGUGGACAAGCACUUCCCUGAUAACUGGGUGGUGAGUGUGUACAUGGGCAUCAUCGUAAACCUGGUAGAGGCUUGGGAUGGCUACAAAGCUGCUAAAACUGCUCUGAACAACACAACAGAACAGGCCAAUGUCAGGGAACAGGCCAUGAAGUAUGAGCAGUGUGUAACUAAGCUGAACCCUCUGGUGAAGCAGCAGCUGAAGGAAGGUGUGCUGACAGAAGAGUUUGUGCUGGACUCCAUCCCCAAACUCAUGAACAUCAUCCGGGAGUGUAACGUCACCAUCCACUGGAUGUUACUGCACACUGUGGAGUCAGGUGCUGACCUGAACAAGCGGUGCCGACAGCUGAGAGAACAGGUGAUAGCUGACAGCAAGUACAACCCUGGCAUCCUGUUCGAGUUACUUCUCAACACUGCACAGCUGGAACUCAAAUUGAAAGAGAUGUUCAAACAGAUGCUUCAGGAUAAACAGAACAAGUGGGAACAGUGUAAGAAGGAGGGAUCAGAGAGGGUGGCUGAGCUGGGGGAGGUGUUCUCAGGAACCAAACCUCUCACAAGGGUGGAGAAAAAUGAGAACCUACAGGCAUACUUCAAUGAGACGGCUAAGCAGAUCACCUCCUUGAGCUAUGAAGACUCCACCUCUGCUGGGAGGAAGAUUGUUCAACUCAUCCAAGCUCUGGAAGAGGUGCAAGAGUUUCACCAGCUGGAGGCUAACCUUCAGGUGCGUCAGUUCCUUGCCGACACGCGCAAGUUUCUUCACCAGAUGAUCCGCACCAUCAACAUUAAGGAGGAGGUCCUCAUCACCAUGUCUAUAGUGGGAGAUCUCUCCUACGCAUGGAACAUUAUCGACAAUUACACAGGGCACAUGCAGCAGGGUAUCAAGAGGGAUCCAUCUCUGGUCACCAAACUCAGGGCCACCUUCCUCAAGCUUGCCUCAGCCAUGGACCUGCCCCUGCUGCGUAUUAACCAGGCCAACAGUCCCGACCUGAUCAGUGUGUCUCAGUACUACUCAGGAGAGCUGGUCACCUAUGUCAGGAAGGUGCUGCAGAUCAUCCCAGAGACCAUGUUUGGGCUUCUGGGAGUCAUCAUUAAGAUGCAGACCAGUCAGAUUAAGGAGGUUCCCACCCGUCUUGAGAAAGACAAGCUGAAGGAGUAUGCCCAGCUGGAGGAGAGAGCCAAGGUGGCCAAACUCACGCACGACAUCUCGGUCUUCACCGAGGGUAUCCUGAUGAUGAAAACUACCCUUGUUGGAAUCAUUAAGGUUGACCCAAAGCAGCUGUUAGAGGAUGGCAUCAGGAAAGAGCUGGUGAAGAGGGUGGCCUAUGCACUACAUCAGGGGCUCAUCUUUAAUCCAAAGUCAAAGGUUAGUGAGCUCAUUCCAAGGUUAAACGGUAUGGGAGCAGUGAUGGACGGAUUCCGGCGGUCGUUUGAGUACAUCCAGGACUACGUGAGCAUCUCCGGGCUGAAGAUCUGGCAGGAGGAGGUCUCCAGGAUCAUCAACUAUAACGUGGAGCAGGAGUGCAACAGUUUCCUCAGGAUCAAGGUCUCUGAUUUCCAAAGUCUGUACCAGUCUAAAGACAUUCCAAUCCCCAAAUUUGCACCUGUGGAUGCAUCGGUCAACUUUAUUGGUCGACUGGCCCGAGAGAUCCUGCGUAUCACUGACCCAAAGUUGACCACGUACAUUGACCAGAUGACAGCCUGGUAUGACAACAAGACCAAGCAGGAGAUCAUGACUAACAGGCUCUUCACCAAAGUACAGAAGAGCCUGGGUACGUUUGGGCUGACGGGUCUGGACCGUCUGCUGUGCUUCAUGAUUGUGCGCGAGCUGCAGAACUUCCUUGCCGUGCUGCAGCGGGGAGUGAUGCGCGACAAGUCGUGGCUGGACAUGUUCGCCAGUCUCAUGAAGAGUCUCAACCCUGUCAGGGGCAUUGUGGCCAAUGCCACCAAGGUGUACCCACAAGCCUGUACCAAAGCCAGUAAGAUGUGGCAGCUGUUCUUGGAGGUCAUCCUGAAGGUCGGACAAAUCCAGCUGCUGAGGAGACAGAUCGCCUACGAGCUCAACUUCUCCUGCAAGUUUGACUCCAAGUUCCUGGCUUGUGCACUGCAGACAUUCAAUGAGUCUCUUCUAGCCAAUAUAGAGGCCCACUACCAGGACCCAUCCCUGCCUUACCCUAAGGAAGACAACCCACUCAUGUUUGAGCUGACAUCCUAUCUAGAAUGUGCUGGCAUCAACAACCCCCUCAACAAGAUCUAUGUGACAACCCAGCGGCUGCCAUACCUCUCCCUGCUGAACUUCCUCUUUGUGAUCUCACAAUUGUCAAGGCUGCAGUAUGUCAAGGCCGUUGGUGACCUGGUGUGUAAGAAGCCCACAGAUGGUCUGGAUGGUGUGCCGUUUGUCGUCGGCACCAUCACCCUCCUCAAGCAGUUUCACAAGGAGAACACCGACCACUUCCUGGCCCUGCUGGGACAGUACGUCAGGUCUAUGGUGGACAGCACUGCCAGCAACUCCAAGUCGACUGGCCUCUCAGAAGAAGUGGUGAAUGUUUUAGCCUACUUGGAGAUGUACAUGUAUUACAGUGAGCUACCAAGAAAGGCAGUGGAAGCGCACAUUCCCAGCUAUCUAUUUGAUGAAUUCAGAAGCAAUGUUCAAACAUAGAAGGAGAGGAACAGAGGUAAACAGAAGAGACAUUUGAUUUUAAAGAUGAAAGUUUCAGCACAACACGUCUAGUCAUUGCAGGUACUGUGUGCCUUGGAUUACUUUUCAUGAAUGUUAGUAAAAUACAUAUGACAGUUCUACUGUGAAUUGAUAGCAAGCAUGUACUGAUAUGACUAACAGUACAUUUACUGGAAAGUAUAGUCAGUGUUCACCUCAUGCAUGGUCAGCUGGCUUAAAAUGGUAUUAAGUGACCUAAGUACUUUCUAUUGAAGACAACAUGUUAGUCACUUAUGUUGUAGAUUUGGUUUUUUGUUUUUCAAAAUAAUUCUAAUGGUAUGGAUGUAAUAGUUUCUUGAUGUAUAAAAUUGUCUUUCUAUAUGUAAAACAUGGCAGAUAUGAAUUGUAUCAACACUUAGUCUAUAAUUUACCAGUUUGCUGUGUCGCUCAGCAAAGGAAAUUUUCUUGUGAAUUGUUUUGUCAGAAAGUGAUCAGGAGGUAAAAUCAACUGUCUUUCAUACUAGUUUCAUACAAUUUAUGGAAAUGAGCACCUACUGGUAGGUUUUACAUGAAAUACUUGAUUUUCCCUUACCUUCAACAACAAAGAAACCCAUCUUCUAAAUUUUUAGGUAAGAAAAUGAUAGAAAAGCACAAUACAUUACUGUGUCAAGUACAAUGUAGAUCAGAUUGUAAUUAAUUCCAAAUAAAACUACUCAACAUAAGAAACUAAAUGUGAGAACUUUAAGUUACGCAAUGCAAAAAUCCUAGGCUACAGCCUAAUGUCUUUAGUCCUACCAUUAUAUCACCAACUUUUGAAGUUCCCUUGAAAAUAUGUGCCAUUAUGAACUUUGCUGAUAAGUUCAAUGAUUUGAAUAAAUGUAAAACCAA